CUUCACAGUCGCUUCCUUGGUAAACCCACACCCGUAAAUACAACCGACCAGCAUGCUCCAAUUCAGCAUACAGCUGAUCUUGUUGGCCACCGUAGCGGCAAUCGAUCGUCAUAAGAUCGUCUACAAGAGUCUGCAAGAAGCAACCAUCGAGUGUAACCAGUAUAACAUCGAGGGAGGAUGUCUGUCCCGUUGUGUAACUCAAAUCACACGAGACUGGAGCGAUGCGGUAGGAAUGUCCCCAGUUUACAGCCGUUUCUUCCGACCGGAUCAGAACGACCAGUGCAGUAGUAAUCGCACCCAGCGAUGCCUCGAGGGAAAAAUUGGAACGAUUCCUUCGCUUAAAACGUGCCUUCGUGCUCAUGAAUCUGUGCAGUGCUAUAUGGACCAGUACGGUGAAGUCAAUCAGGUUGAUCCUCAAUUUAUUCGGUUCACUAACUUGCAAGAUGCGCAACUCGUAUACGAAUGUGCCGCCAUGUUGGGAUAUUCGUCAUUAGAUCAAAUCAACACACUAUUGAGGGACUCAGAGUUCAAGUUACACGAAACACGCUGCGUCUUCCGCUGUUUCAUGAUCAGAUCGGGAUUGUACAGCGAUUCGGAGGGACUCAACAUGCCUCGGUACUAUGUUUUGUGCGGUGGAUACGAAGAUGGCUUCUAUCAACAUGUGGCCCAGUGCUCAGCCAGAUUACUUCAGGAAGUUCCGUGCGACGAUAAAUGUACGCUAGCGCAGCGAAUGGCCACCAAAUGUAUCGGAAUUGAUUACGCAACCUCAUCGGUAAUGCAAAAACAAGGCGAUUCAUCUAAUUACGUUGUGGCUGCACAAGGAAGCAAAGUAUAUAUGAUUAAUGACCAGAAUGCUAAUUCGGAUGUCUCUUAUGCGGUGGUUAACAGUGGCGGGUCGACAAACGUUCAUAAUACCGACUCCAACACCAACCUUCAGGGCAGCAGUAUGUUCUUUCAAAGUACUUCUAGUAGAAAAUAA